UUGAAGCAAUGGCCCCAAUAAUACUACAAGUUGCACUAGGCCUCUCUCUAAUGGCCUCUCUCCUCCUCCUCCCUCUUUUCUACUUCCUUGUUAUCACCAAGAGAACUUCAUCUCACAAAACCAAGCUCCCCCCUUCCCCUCCUAAGCUUCCUCUCAUAGGAAACCUCCACCAACUCGGUUCGCUCCCUCAUCGCUCUCUCGCCUCUCUUUCGAAGAAGUAUGGCCCCCUCAUGCUUCUCCGAAUUGGCGAAAUCCCUACGCUUAUCGUCUCCUCGGCCGAUAUGGCGCUAGAGAUCAUGAGAACUCAUGACUUAAUCUUCGCGAACCGUCCUUUGUUGAAGAAUGCGGAGAUCCUCCUCUACAGUUGCAUGGACAUGGCCUUCUCGCCUUACGGCGAGCAUUGGAGGCAACUUAGAAAGCUUUGCACUCUCCACCUCUUAAGUACCAAAAGGGUGCAAUCUUAUCAACUAGCUAGAGAGGAAGAAGUAGCCUUCAUGGUCAAAAAUAUCACUCAAUGUUCUCUUCUUCACGCUCCGAUCGACAUGAGCGAAGUGCUAUUCUCUUUCGUGAACGAUAUCAUCUGUCGGUUGGUUUCAGGAAAGUUCCUUAGAGAAGGAGGGAGGAACCACUUUUUCCGCGAGGCAAUUGAGGAGUUUGUGAUUCUUCUCGGAGGGUUUCGAGUUGAGGAUUAUUUCCCUUCACUUGCAUGGCUUGAAGGGUGGUUUCUAGGGUUAAGUAAGAGGGCCAAAAGGGCUUUUAAGAGAUGGGAUGAUGUGCUUGACGAGGUGAUCAAGGAGCAUGAGAAUAGGGAUAAAAAGGAUGAUGGGGAAGAGGACUUUGUGGAUGUGUUACUAUCUCUUCAAAAAGAUCCUAACAUGGAUUUUGAGUUAAAGAAAGAGCACAUCAAGGCAAUCUUACUGGAUAUGUUUACUGCAGGAACAGAUACAUCAUACGUAGUCCUAGAAUGGGCCAUGGCAGAGCUUGUUCGAAAUCCCAACAUCAUGAAAAAGCUACAGGAUGAGGUGAGAGAGGUUACUACGAAAAGCGAAACAAUCAGCGAGAAGAAUCUGAACACGAUGACCUACUUAAAAGCCGUGAUCAAAGAAACCUUACGAUUGCACCCUCCAGCUCCACUACUGGUUCAGAAAGAAUCAACGAAAGAUUGCUACAUAAAAGACUACUUCAUUCCGAAAAACACGAGAGUUACCAUCAAUUAUUGGGCUAUUAGUAGAGACCCAAAAUAUUGGGACGCACCCGACGAAUUUCGUCCUGAGAGGUUUAUAAAUAGCUCGAUCGACUUCAGAGGUAAUGAUUUCCAGUUCAUUCCAUUCGGGGCGGGUCGGAGAGGUUGCCCUGGCAUGCAAUUUGCAAUGUCCACAGUCGAGCUCGCGUUGGCUAAUCUCGUGUAUGGGUUCGAGUGGGAGUUGGCCCGUGGCGCGACGAAAGAAGGGGAGCUGGAUAUGACUGAGGCUCCAGGAUUAACAAGCCGAAUGGAAAAAAAGCUUAUGCUUUUCGCUACACCGAUUUGCGCAUAAUGCCCAUUAAAUUGAGUUUACUAUGGUGCAUGAUAAUUGUUAUGCAAAAGAAUAAGGAUCGAGUUUAACCGAUCCAUAUAUAAUUGGCUCUAGUAUGAAAGUUUUUCUUUUUUUUAGCAAACUCAUUGCUGAUGUUGUACUAUUGGGCCGUGAUUGAUCGGGCCUGAUUUCGUAUCGGGCCCGAAAUAAAAGAUCCAGGGCUUUUCAUGGGGCUUAAAAAUAUUUAUUUUUAAACAAAAGGACUUGAUCAUAAAUAAUAAUAAAUAUUUUGGGACUUUUAACUGUGAGAAAGGUUCAGGCAACUUAGAUCCUUUUUGUUUUAGGCUGAAAUUUUUUUUUCCGGUGUGUUUGAUUCACAGGAAAAGUAUAUUUUUAAAAAAAAUUAGAGCACCUUUUUUUAAAAAAAAAGUUCGGGCCGGGCCGGAUCUUUCUGAAUUGAGCCCGGCCUUGCGAAAUCGCAAAAAGUCCAGCCCAUUAACAGCCCAAGGUAAAUAAAAGUUUCAACUGGUG